UGUGUGGAUUUUCCUGGCGUAGAACGGCAGAAGCCGCUAGUAAGUUGUCCAGACGUACAGCAGGAACCCUGCGUGGAAGGGCAUCAAACCUUGUUAUUUUAAUUUGUGUCUGGGAGAAUGUCUGAGCAAAGCGACCUGAAUCAGGCAAUAGUGGGGGAAGGCAGGACUGAACAGGAGGCGGCCACGCCAGAGAACGGCAUAGUUAAAUCGGAGAGUCUGGAUGAAGAGGAGAAGCUGGAACUGCAGAGGCGGCUGGAGGCUCAGAACCAAGAGAGAAGAAAAUCUAAGUCAGGAGCAGGGAAAGGUAAACUGACUCGCAGUCUUGCUGUGUGUGAGGAGUCAUCAGCCAGACCAGGAGGCGAAAGUCUUCAGGAUCAGGAAUCAAUUCACUUACAGCUUUCCAGUUUUCCCAGCCUGCAAGAGGAUGAUAAAUCUAGGAAAGAUGACUCUGAAAGAGAAAAAGAAAAGGAUAAAAACAAAGAUAAAACCUCUGAAAAACCCAAGAUCAGAAUGUUAUCAAAAGAUUGCAGCCAAGAAUAUACGGAUUCUACAGGCAUAGAUUUACACGAGUUUCUGAUUAACACAUUAAAGAAUAACUCCAGGGACAGGAUGAUACUCUUGAAAAUGGAGCAGGAAAUUAUUGAUUUCAUUGCUGACAACAAUAAUCAUUAUAAAAAGUUCCCACAGAUGUCAUCGUAUCAGAGGAUGCUUGUCCAUCGGGUGGCGGCUUACUUUGGGCUGGAUCACAAUGUGGAUCAGACAGGGAAAUCUGUUAUCAUCAACAAGACCAGCAGCACCAGAAUACCAGAGCAAAGGUUUUCUGAACAUUUAAAAGAUGAAAAAGGUGAAGAAUCCCAGAAGCGGUUUAUCUUGAAGCGAGAUAACUCUAGUAUUGAUAAAGAAGACAAUCAGUCAGUCUGUGCGCUGUCCUGUCUGGUGGUUGUCUCCAGGGGCAACAGAGACGGCUCGGGGAAGACAUCGGGGAGCCGACAGAGCAGCUCGGAGAACGAACUCAAGUGGUCCGACCACCAGAGGGCCUGGAGCAGCACUGACUCCGACAGCUCCAACCGCAAUCUGAAGCCGGCCAUGACCAAGACGGCGAGUUUUGGUGGCAUCUCAGUGCUGACCAGAGGUGACAGUACAUCCAGUACCAGGAGUACCGGGAAGCUGUCCAAAGCAGGUUCCGAGUCUUCCAGCAGCACAGGCUCCUCGGGAUCGCUGUCCCGCACCCAUCCACCUCUCCAGAGCGCACCCCUGGUCUCGGGCGUGCCAGCCAGUUCUUCGGGCUGCGUGCCCUAUCCUGAGAAUGGAAUGGGGGGCCAGGUGGCACCCAGCAGCACCAGCUACAUCCUCCUUCCACUCGAAGCUGCAACAGGCAUCCCGCCCGGAAGCAUCCUUCUUAAUCCACACACAGCCCGCAUUAUAUCAGAAGUGUUUUUGUAUCCAGAGAUAUUUCGGGAAUUUAAGAUGCCGGUGUAUUACUACCCAUCUGGUCAGUACCCUACCUCAAACACGCAGCAGUACCGGCCCAUGGCCUCGGUUCAGUACAGCGCUCCGAGGAGUCAGCAGAUGCCUCAGGCAGCACAGCAAGCAGGCUACCAGCCAGUCUUGUCUGGCCAACAGGGGUUCCAAGGCCUAAUCGGAGUGCAGCAGGUGCCUCAGAGUCAGAACAUGUUGAGCAACCAACAAGGAACUCCAGUGCAAAGCGUGAUGGUCUCCUACCCAACACUGUCUUCUUAUCAGGUGCCAAUGACCCAGGGUUCUCAAGGACUACCCCAGCAGUCAUACCAACAGCCAAUCAUGCUACCUACCCAGGCAGGUCAGGGGUCACUCCCGGCCACUGCAGUGCCUGUUUACUGUAACGUCACACCGCCGACCCCUCAGAACAACCUGCGGUUGAUCGGCCCCCACUGCCCCUCCAGCACUGUCCCCGUGAUGUCGGCUAGCUGCAGGGCAAACUGUGCCAGUAUGAGCAAUGCCGGAUGGCAGGUCAAAUUCUGA